AUGGAGAGAAAUAGAAGCAGUAGUAAGCUCAAACAGCGUCUCGUUCGCAUGCUUAAGCCCUCUUCGCUUCUCCGCUCCUACUGCAAUAAUUCCACCUCCGCUGCCACCAACCGGAGCUCCACCGGCUCGAGCCGGACCCUUUUGCGAGACGUCCAACACCGAGGUGUCGACGACGACGACGGUAUGUUCUUAGCCCGUGACAGCCUCGGUCGUUCUUCAUCAUCCUUCUCGAUCGCCAACGAUCGUCGUCAUGUGGCUCCAGUCUUACGGCUACCCCUAGAUUGUGGAGGUUGCCGGCCCACCCGAGACAUUCCUCCUCUCGUGGCCAAGCGGGAGAAGAGGAGACAUGGGAAGAAUAAGAAGAAGGAGAGGAGAGUGAGGGAAACGGGUGGGUUCUACGAGACCGGAGAGGGGGAGGGAAGGAUGUGCCCUCCGGCUUCCCCUUCCUCGCCGUCCAAGAGUUCUUGUCACUACUACAACUACUGCUUCAAUGAAGUGGAGAAAGAAGGGAAAAAGGAGGAGGACGAUAAGAAGAAGCAGAAGAAGAAAAAGAAGCUGCUGUCCAAUAGCUACGGAUUCAGUAGCUCUUCUUCUAUGGACAGUGAUGAUGGGUUCGAGUACUUUACUAGUGAAGAGCGAGAGGUUAAGGAGGAGACCGAGGCUUUCUUCUCGUCGAGAAGCUUCUCCUCCGACUCCUCGGAGUUCUACCAACGCCCCAACAACAGGAAGAAAAAGAAUAAGAAGAAGCCAUCUCGACGUCCACCGAGAAGAAGAACGAAGAAUCACGAAAAUCGAAUUGCCAGCGAGGGGUUUCAACCCUUGGUUUCGAUAGCCUCGAGGGAGAAGAAGGUGAAGGAGUUGGAGGACGAGGAGAAGAGAGUGUUUGCGGUGGUGAAACGGUCGAGGGAUCCAUAUGGUGACUUCCGGAGCUCGAUGGUGGAGAUGGUCAUGGAGAGGCAAAUCUUCGGGGCAGAGGAUUUGGAGAAGCUCCUCCAUUAUUACCUCGCUUUAAACUCUCCUCACCAUCACCCAAACAUCCUCCAAGCUUUCUCUGAUAUAUGGGUAGUCCUCUUCGGCAACUGAUUCAUCAAAGCUAAUGGAAGCAUAUGGUGUUUCUUUUGUUAAUUAAC